GGGGGGGUGGGGGGGUGUAGCACCACUCUGCUCUGCAAUCCAAAUCAUCGCGUUGGGUUUGGUUUGGUCACUCUCUCUCUCUCUCACACUCUCUCUCUCUCUCCCUCUCUCUCUCCCUCUCUCCCUCCCUCUCUGCUUCAAUGAAGGUCCCGCGAAGCAAAGCCCCGGUGGUCCUGGGGGUGGGGGGGGCCUUGCUGGCGGCCUCCGGCAUCCUUCUGGCGUGUGUCACCCCCGGUAGGAUCCAGCAGCAAGUUGCGCAGAAAGUUCAGAUUGACCCCAGCAGUGGCCUGGCUUAUACCAUGUGGCGGGAUAUCCCUGUGCCCUUCUACAUGUCUGUCUACUUCUUUGAGGUUAAGAAUCCCACGGAAUUUCUAAGUGGAGAAAAGGCAGUUCUUAGUCAGCGGGGACCUUACGUUUACAGAGAGUACCGGCAGAAAAGCAACAUCACGUUUCAUGACAACUUCACUGUCUCGUACCGUGAAUAUCGCCAAUAUCACUUCAGCCCCGAGCACUCUGUUGGCAAUGAGAGUGAUGAACUCAUCCUGCCCAACAUGCUAGCCCUGAGCGCAGCACUGAUGGUUGAACACUUGCCAUACGCUUUAAAAGUUAUAUUUAGCACUGCUUUGAAGACCUUCAACGAGAAGUCAUUUAUUCAGAAGUCCGUGAAGGAGAUACUAUGGGGCUAUGACGAUCCCCUUGUGGAUUUCCUGAACAGAGUAUUUCCAGGAAUCAUCCCUUUCAAAGGGAAAUUUGGAUUAUUUGUAGAUUUCAACAACUCAAACACCGGCUUAUUCACUGUUAAUACAGGAGCUGAUAAUAUCAGUAAAGUUCAUCUAGUGGAUAACUGGAAUGGUGUUACAGAGCUAAGCUACUGGAACACAGAGCAGUGUAAUAUGAUUAAUGGAACAGCAGGAGAGAUGUGGGCACCGUUCCUGACUCCCUCAGACACACUAAAGUUUUACACACCGGACGCCUGCAGAACUUUGGAGCUGGUGUACCAGAAGUCUGGCUGGACGUCCCACAUCCCGUCCUUCCGCUACGUGGCUCCAAAGACCAUGUUUGCCAACGGAAGCACCUACCCCCCCAACGAGGGCUUCUGUCCCUGCAGAGAGUCAGGGGUAUUAAACGUCAGCAGCUGUCGGCACAAUUCUCAAGUCUUUGUUUCCCACCCUCAUUUCUACAAUGGAGACCCAGUUCUGUGGCAGGCUGUUCAUGGGCUAACCCCUAAUGAGCGAGAACAUGGACUUUUCAUUGACAUCCACCCCUUGACGGGUAUCCCUCUGAAUGUCUCCAUCAAACUCCAGUUAAACCUGUUCUUAAAAUCCGUGCAAGGCAUCACAGAGACUGGAAAAAUCCGGCCUUUGCUGCUGCCUUUCCUUUGGUUUGAAGAGUCUGGUAUCAUCGACGGGCCAGCUCUAGACACCUUCUAUAACUACCUGGUCCUCUUGCCGAAGAUCCUGGAGUUCCUUCAGUACAUCCUGAUCGCUCUCGGCUGCCUCAUGGUGCUCCUGGCUCUGGUAAUCCUGCAUCUCCGGAAGCGGAUCAUCAGUCGAGACAACAGCCCAGCCUCCUCUGAAAGCUCGUCACUCCUGCCCAGUGACUCCGCUCCCCCUGACUACACAUCGCUUGACCAUUCCUGACACCACUGGACUGAUAGCUCGCUCGCCGAGAGAAUGUUUAUUACCAUUUAUUUUUAUCUUCUCUUCUUCCCCUUCCCUCUCUUCUCUCUCCUCCCUUCUCUCUCUUUCCCACCGCCCCUAAUACCCAAUUUAUUACACAUAUAAAUAUAUAUUUUUCUCCCCUCCCUCACUUUAACUUUGCACAGAAUGCACAAAAGUUUUAUUGUUGACUAACCAAAACCUUUUUCCCCGCCACCCCCCCACCAAAAAACACCCCAACUCAAAAUGGACCCGCUCACUUGCCAGUGUUUCCUCAGGGACAAGCACCAGUGUGCAAAUCCCUGAGGCGAGUUUUUCUAUCAGCGUAUAACGAGAAGGUUAUUUUACUAGCAGAUUAUUGUAAACAGCAUCUUUAACAACCCAGCUCUGUCUGUCCUGCUACCUCCCCCCCUCUAUCCCCCCUCCGGGUUCAGUAUGGACCACACAAAGUCCUACCAACAGCAGGAAGACUUGUCCGUGGAGCUUAGGGGAGUGUAGUGACUGCCUGAUCAGACUGGGAACGGGAAAGGUUCACUUUCAAAGUGAGCUGGGAACUGAGCGGUACAGGACUUGUCUGACAAGGAAGUCUGCAGGAAAUUAAUCACCACACUUUCAUUACAUCCAGGCUUGACUACACUGACUCCUUGCUCACCCCACUCCCCAACUCUUCCCUUCACAAGCCAGAGAUCAUACAGAACUCUAUGGCCCGUGUCCUCUCCCACGCCAAGCUCCGUGAGUCAAUCAACCCCCCACCCUCGUCCGGCUUCACCGCCUCCCAGAGGAUCAAGUUCAAGGUCCUCGUCCUCAAGGAGUUUGAUAUGGGAGAGGACACAAGCUGCAGAGUUUCUGAAUAAAGCUGUAAGGACUAAACUAAUUCAUUCUUCAUUCUAAACGUAUCAGACAUUCCAAUAGUUUCACUCGCCUCGGCCCCUGUGGCAUUCUGCCUGGUGAAGGAAGGAUGUUGGGGUAAAUCAGGAGACGUGUAAUCACUCUGUUGGCAUUUCCUCUCAUGCCCCCAUGAUGCUAUCUCACUCUGCUGUUCCUACCAACGCACUGGAGCACAUCACUCUGUGUUCAUUCUUACUUGCCCAAUUUCCUCCAUUGACCUGCCAGACUCAGGGCAAUUUUCACACGUGUAGGUGGCGCACAUAUAUACGGGUUUCCACAUGUGUCAGACACCCAGCUGACCAAAUUAAAAUAAGCUGACGUGUAUCGUUCCGGGAAAGGCGUGGAUAUUGGACGUGGAGUCCUGUAGCUCAGUGAUUAGAGCACUUGCCUUGCAAGCGAG